AUGGGCAAAAAUACAGAUACCCCAGCAUAUCUGACUUCAGAUGAUGCCAAAUACACGCUAGGUAUUCAUCGUGGCCCAUUGAUAUCCAAGCAUGACGAUGAAGGUGCCCAGCUCGCACAGAUCGAGUCGGUCGGGGGGUUAUCAUUGGAGACAAGGAAGCUGAAGCGUACGGAAAAGUUUCAACGCCAUUGGAAGCGAUUCUGGUGUCUGCAUCUUUUGGUGACUAUCAUCUUCCUGGCAAUUUUCCUGCCUGUCUUCUUUUUGGUUGCCAUUCCAGCCAUAUCACAGAUGGUUGUGAAUAAGUCCAACCUAGUAUUGGUCAAUGCCUCGGUCCUAAACCCGCGACCGGACAAAAUUGAAUUGACGUUGUUGUCGGCAUUGGAUCUCAAAAUUGCCCUGCCAGUACGCAUUGAGCCGAUCACAUUAAAUCUGUUCGUGCGCGAUACGGGAGCAAAGAAUGCAUGGGGCCAGGCUACAAUCGACGGCAAAGUCAUCAAGGGCAACACUACCCUAGGUGUGAGCAAGGUCGAGACGCCACUGACCAACCUGGACACCUGGGAGGAGUAUGUGCAUAAUGUUGUGUUCGAAAAGGAGACUGCGCUAUCAGUCAGAGGUGUAACUAAUUCGUACUUGGGUGUGCUCAAGUCCAAGGUCACCAUGGACAAGGAUAUCAUGUCACCAGGUGAGUUGAAGAAACAAAUCAGAAGUGAAGCCAAAGUUGACCUCAUUCCAGUGCUGGAUCAAUUCAAGAAAUUCAGGAUCGCCGACAGUGGGCUCGUUCCAGCCCGUGAAGACGGCACAAAUCUAAUUGGGAAUGCCACGCUUCCCAACCCAUCCGUAUUGACUCUCGACAUUGGCACAAUCGUCCUCGAUGUGAAGAGUGGCGACCUCGUCAUUGGAAACGCCACCCUCAAAGACGUCACUAUCAAACCAGGCGACAACGUCUUCCCUUUGACUGGAAUCUUGGACAUACACACAAUGAUCGAGAACCUCGGAAAGGUGCUCGCAUCGCAGGCAAAUGCCCUCAAGACUGGCAGCUUAGCCCUGGACACGAUAACCCGAACCGUCACCUGGAACGACACCCUGGUACCAUACUACACCAACGUGAUGAAACAGCUUACGCUGACGGCCAACGUGCCAAUCGCCGAUCUGGUCAAGAACACUGUUCACAACCUGCUCAGCGGCAAUCAAACCCUCACAGACAUUCUCAAGUCAGGGGGCGACACAAGCAAGCUGCUAGGUGACCUCUCGGACAGCGCUGACGACAGCGACCCCGCCAGCUCAGCCUUAUCAGACACAUCCGACCUCGCAUCAAAGAUGAAGAGGAGCGUUGCGGUGCGUGAUAUGUUCCAUGGCGCGCACCCAGUCAAACGAGAUGCAAUCAUCGAAUUGCUAGCCAGCACGUACAUGAAACUGUGA